CAUGAAAUCUAAUCUACAAGCUAAAUUGCUCAAGCACACACGAAUUGUGUGAAAUUUUUGAAAUACCUAAUCAUAAUCAAUGGAUAUACGUGUGGCGAUGUUCACGAUUGGGUUUAUAUCAGCUUAUAUUGACAUGUACUGAGUUAUUUUAUUUUUAUUAUUCGUGCAUCUCAGGUGUGUUAGAGUUUGUGGUACAACAACGUAAUAGUUAUGAACCCAAGAAAUGCUGGCUUGAUGUCGUAAAGAUUGAUCUGCGUGCCAGUGGUCUGAUGGCUAGUGUAGCCGAAAAAGUAGGAAAGCGGACCCUGGACUCCGAUGCUUAACAGCAGGGGACUAACCUCAGUAUCAUGGCUGACGAUGAGGAAUGGAAAAAUCUAGAAGAGUUAUUUUACCCCACACGGCGUCAUCUGAAUUCACUUAAAGAAAAUGUAAGCUUUCAAUUUGAUAUCUCUAAAGAUAGUUUGCAAAUCGGCAGUGAAAAUACGAUCUCUAUUAAAGAAAAGUUGCUGUGGAAAGAAGAAAAUAGAACUGUUGCUGAUGACAUGCGGACUAGAGUCAGCGUGCUGUGUUGGAUUAUGACUUUACCACAGAAUCAUAUGACAAAAGCGAUACACGUCAAAGAGACAUGGGGCAAGAGAUAUGAUAAAUUGUUAUUUAUGAGUACUAAAUAUGAUAAUCGAUUGCCAACGGUGAAUUUGGGAUCAAAAGAAAACAAAAGCUUGAUAUGGGGCAAGACCCAAGAAGCUUUGAUGUAUAUCUACAAAAACUAUUUGAACCAGGCAGAAUGGUUUUUGAAGGCGGACGAUGAGACAUACGUCAUCGUAGAAAAUCUAAAAUACAUGUUGAAUGAUUACAAUACCAACGACCCAAUAUACUUUGGAUUCAGAAUAAAAUUGAACCCAGCAAAAGAUGAAUUCUUCAAUGGUCGAGCUAGUUACGUACUGAGUAGGGAGGCACUCACCCUCUUAGUAUCUACGGGGUUAAUACCUCGAUUAUGCAGUACAUCACCAUUAGGAUACACGGAAAUCAAGGAUUUGACCAAUUGUCUAGAAAAACUUGGAGUAAUACUUAUGGACACGAGGGACAAGUACAAGACGGGUCGAUUCUUUCCAUUUCUUCCAAAUCAACAUAUUAAUGCAGAAACAAAUAAAAACGUUUGGUUUUGGAUAUACAAUUAUUAUCCGUUCUCAGCGGGCCGUGAUUGCUGUUCGGAAUUCGCCAUUUCCUUUCAUCAAAUAGACAGUCAUAUGAUGUACGCGAUGGAGUACUUCACGUACCACCUCAGACCCUACGGCAUCAGCUACGAAUACUAUCAAAUGUACAAUUGAAUUACAUAGACCUAAUGCCAACACGUCAAUUCUUCGAUAAUUACAAAUUCGUUUAAAUUUGAAAUACUAUACCUGUGAUAAAUCUGUUAACAUUUUGAAAUGUUUCAUAAAAAGAUCAAUGUAAAAAAGUUUGACGAUAC